CACCAAGUGAUUAUAUGCUUUUUCAUGCGAGAUUUUGACCGUUACAACAAAUCCACUCUCCCGCAGCACUGAACAUGGUGAGAACGGUGGUGAACGAAAAAAUCCGAUGUCUUCAAUAUUCCCAGAAAUAUGCAGGGUAGGUUCCAUAUAUGCAUAAAUCCAAGUAUCCUUACCUUAAUGAAAGGACCUUACGAUGCAAUUCCUACCUGGCAAAGGGUUCCAUUCCAUGUGGCAGAUCUAAAUAUGACUCCUACUGGUGCCUUAUCGACAGUGCAAAAUUUAUAAAGGUGCAAAUACAUGUGUGCGUAAGCAUAAUGAUAAUGCAUGGAUUGAACUGAUCGAAAAUGAUGGACACAGAACACUGACUUUUCUUAAAUAAAAAGGGUGAAAUUCUGCACUCGGAAAUGGAUUCAUGCAGCGUCGUGGUCUACUUAUAUAAGGGGGACCGAAAUUUUGAAAUUCCAAUUCUGGAAUCCCUUCACGCGGAAGAUGUUUGCCGAACAGUGGCCAAGUUUUUACAAUUUCGACCAAUUAGUCUGUGCUUAUUUUCUAUUCGUCUAAAAAAAUCUCCGGAUAUUUGGUUACCAUCUUCAUUCAAAUUCCAACCGGAUCAAACGCACUAUGUAGAGUUCAGACUUCGUUUCAAAAUUCCAUGCUUAACAGAUCUCAAUAGAUUGGAUGAGAAUGCAUUCGAUUAUACUUUCCAUCAAAUUAGACACGAUCUUCUGCAAGGACAUAUUCCUGACAUUUCCCAGGACCAAGUAAAGUCAGAAGCCUUGGGAUUAUGUGUUACCGAUAUGUUACGAUUGAUUCAAGAAGAAGCAAUGACUUUGGAUUACAUAGAAGCAAACUAUAAGCAAUUCAUCCCCAAGUCAAUCUACAGGCAGCACAAGUUUUUCCUCAAGAAGAAAAUUCACGACACGUUGGUCAAGCUGGUUGAGAGAAGCCGGCCUCAAAAUUCCAACUACAUUAAAGAACAAUACAUAAGUCAGGUGGAGGAGCUAGCUCCAAGAUAUUUUGCAGAAGAAUUUUAUGCCAUGACCUACAAGCAAGCAGAAUAUCCAGCGACAAUACGAGUCAACGUGUACCACACCAAAGAACCUGGCGUGUCUGUUGCAUACAUGGGAAAGCACAAUUGGGAUCAUAUCUGCACCAUUGAAGAUUUAUGUUUCAUUUCAAUUCGAGGAGACUGCACUGCCGAGAUUUCAAGGAAAAACGGGAUUCCAAUUUGUUUCAAAUUUAAGUCACAAGAACUUGCCCAUUCAUUCGUGUCCAUGCUGGAUGGAUAUUAUAGACUGAGCGAAAAAUGGACUUUUAAUCUGUGCAAAGAGCUACCUACCCCUUCACUAAGCAAGCUAAAAUUUAUGAAAUGCCACGGUCCGGUUGGAGACAAAUUUGCACAUCAGAAACUCACAACUAUGCCAAUUACAAAAUGUGGAUCAUUUAUUCUAAGGGAAAGUUCAAAAUCAUUUGACAGUUACUGUAUUGAUUAUUUGGGACAAAACAAAAAUCGUCCCUUUAGUUGUGAAAUCAAUGGCAGCGCUGACGGAAAGUACACCAUAAAAAAUGCAGAGUCGGACAAAUAUUUCACUACAUUGUCUGAGCUUGUAUCCUACUAUAUGACAACAAAUGACGGGAAAUUUGUUUUAAAAGAAUGUCUUCCACCAUCAGAAUAUGACCAAUCCCCACUAUUGCUGUGUCGCAAAAGAGCUUCCAAAGACAUUAGAAUAAAACCAACUCAUAAAUUAGAGUCGACCAGUAGUACCAUCACGGGACCUCAAAUUAUUGUGGUAAAAAAUUUGCAAGUGUUUCGUGGAAAGCGAUUUGAGCUAGAAGGGACCAUGUGCAACGUUUACAAAGGAGUGUGGAAGGAAAGCCAGACACAUAGCUACGAUAUAGCGAUUAAAGUACUAAAGAAGGAGCACGAAGAAAAGAAAACUAGGGAAUUCCUUGAAAUGGCUGACCGAUGUGCCGUGUGGCAAUGUGAAUCACUGCUAACAUUAAGAGGAAUAGUUCUGGUUAAUCCAUUAGCACUGGUAAUGGAUUGGAUGCCAUUGGGUGCUUUGGAUGUCUAUCUGAAAGAAAAUGUGCUGCAUGUAGAAGUGGCAGAGUUAAUAGAAGCCGCAAGUCAUAUUGCAAAAGCAGUUUGGUUCUUGGAAGACCAUGGAAUUGUUCACGGAAACAUUAGAUGUCAUAAUGUGCUGGUAGCUGAGCACAGCGAGAGCGCAUUCAUAGUAAAACUUGCGGAUCCAAGCAUUGUCGAGUACUCUGGUCACGAUGUACAUUGGAUACCUCCAGAAUUUUUUGAAAUUUCCACCCUUGCUAGAAAUUUCAUGACUGCUGAUGUAUGGUCUUUGGGUACAACCCUAUGGGAAGUAUUUUCCUAUGGCGAAAAACCACCUCGGGAUCUCCUUCCCGCAAUGUAUAAAUCAAAGUAUAUGUCAGGCUGGAGGCUACCAUGCCCAAGGAAAUGUCCCCUUGAGUUGUACAGAAUUAUAUCUGAAUGCUGGGCAAAAAUUCCUGAAUCCCGAAAGCACCCUCAAGCUAUAGUUCGAGAUAUUCAUCAAAUCCUGUACCAACUAAAUCCUUGUUUGACCUCAAUGACACACCACUGCACGAAGCACGCUGGAAUUGCGGCAAAAAGUGCCUAUACCUACCAAAAAACAACUUUGAUCGGGACAAAAAGGACGCAUUCGUAUGCAAGCAUAACACCGGAAUCUAGUGUCAAUGGAGCAUUUGACACGACCAGUAUGUUCAACUGGGGGUCAUUUGAAUCAGAGAAUCAAAAUCCAGUAAAUUAUUCGGAUGGGACUCUGAGCACAUUUAUACACGAGCUUUCUCUUCACUCUGGCUCCAAUAGUACGCAACGCACGUGGCUGAAUAAUUUAACUACCGGGUCACCCUCCCCAGACUUAUUCUCCGGGUUUUCAGGGACCUACAAUGGAAGUAUUGGUACAAUUUAUUCCACUGGGUCAGCACAAGGAAUUUAUGUAUUUGGAAAAGAUCAAAUUACGUUGGGGAGAAUGAUUGGGCAGGGAUGCUACGGUGCAGUUUAUGUCGGAGAACUAGUCAGGAGUGACGGCUCAUCAGAACCCGUGGCAGUCAAAAUGAUGAAAGAAAUGGAGAGUAUUCCAGAAAAGGAACAACUAGAUUUUCACCGUGAAUUCGAAAUUUUAAAGAAUUUAUGCCACCCAAACAUUGUUGAGGUUAAAGGCGUAGUAAAUGAUCCAGGGUUACUUCUAAUCAUGGAAUAUCUCCCAAUGGGGUCGUUAUUAGAUUAUUUUCGCGUCUGCCACACAAAACCAUAUGUUAAGCAACUUUUAAAGUUCGCUCAGGAUGUUGCAGAGGGAAUGGACUAUUUGAGAGAAAAUAACAUUGUGCACAGAGACUUGGCAGCAAGGAACAUCUUGGUGGCAAAUGAGGACCUCGUUAAAAUAUCUGACUUUGGUUUAGCAAGAUACUGCGAUGAUAACUGUUAUACAUUCAGAACAGAUCGUAAAUUACCCAUCAAAUGGUAUCCACCCGAAAGCCUUCAGUACCACAAAUCCUCAGAAUACUCAGAUAUAUGGUCUUAUGGUGUGACUCUCUAUGAAAUUUUUUCUCUCGGAAAAGAGCCGAAUCUACCUGGAGCUACCAGUAAUGAUGUCGAAGUUGAUGAAAUAUUUGGUCUGUUAACUAAAGGAGUUCGACUGCCAUGUCCAGAAAAUUGUCCCGAUGUCAUUUACUCAACUUUAAUGCUUCCGUGCUGGCAAAUGAAUCCAACAGUGCGACCCAAUUUUUCGAAAAUUCUAGGUGACAUUAGGGAAAUUGAAUCUUUGGUGUAACACACUUAGUAUAAACUGUGGUUUGUUGAAUGUUUUUUUUUGCAAUCAGUCAGACAAUAGGAAAAUCGUGAAUAUUUAUUGUUUAUUCUCUAUUUGCAACAUGAACAGCCAAUAAUCACUCUGCGGCUUAAUUAUAACUUAUUUAAAUAGGGUUAGAUUUUGAAACAAUAUCAAGUUCAACUCGCAAACUGCAA